CUGCAGAAUACGCCGAUGGCGACGACGUUUCUCGGAGUCCAGCUUAUAAGGAAGAAGGUUAUGCAGAUGUUUGUGAAUGAUACGCAUUUAUUCAGUGACGUGCGCACAUUAAUACUUCAGGUUCACAACGGCCGCACACUUGAGGCCCAAAGAAGAGUGUGAAGUUGUGCUCAUGACUCACACAGAUCCUACAGCUCAUGCACCCAGCUACGCUGGAGCGAUAGAGUUGAGGGGUUUGCUCCUCCAAGAGAACUUCAACCGCACCGUCCUGUACUCGGAGAGCAUGGGAGUCUUGGUUUUCAAACCCAAGAAAGACAAAGACAUUUCCUCCACAAUUUACGCUGAGUGUGAAAGUCGCUUCAUGACAUCGUACGCACUUCUUUGCUACUGGGAUUCCCUGAAGGCCGAUGUCAGCAGAGGAGUAAGGGAUAAUACCACCACCGCCGACUUCAGCACUACGACCGGCAACUACUUUGCUACAUUUAAUGAAGAGUUGUCAAAGUGGGAUGAUCUCUAUGAACGGUCAGAUGGUGUGGCCAUCUUUAACGUUGAACUGGACGAGACCAGAGGCUGUGGCGGGUUUGAAGACUACGGGCGAUUACACAAGCUGGCCCGAACGGUUCAGAUUGGCUUAACCGGCUUCAGUGUUGUAGUCCCAGAGACUUUGACACCUUGUGCAGGUUUCGUCUACAGCAAGCGCCGCCGUUGCUAGCAGCCAGCAGUUCAAGGUGUUGCAGACACCGGAAGCACCGCUAUCUUUCUGUUUUGUAUGAAAGCUUGGAUAUCACUUGUAGCGUGUAUAUAUUUUCCUCUCCACAAAGUAAUUUCAACGUUUAUCCGCCUUUUUUCAAUACAUUAUAAAAAGAGCGUUCUCUUUAUGUACGUGUAAUUAUUUUAUCAAAGGCAGGGUGGCGCGAUUGUGCAGAAAAUUGCUAAAGACAGGAUAAAGACAACAAGCAGCACUAG